UUGAGAAAGAAGAAGAAGACUUCUAGAUCCCUAGUUUCAAUGGAAUCAAAAAUAUAAACAUUACCUUAAAAAAAAAAUAAAAUAAAAAAAUGCCUGAUUUGGGAGAAAACGAGGGCGUUAAUAUAACUUUACUUUUUAAUAAAUUGUGCUUCUCCAUUUUGGAUCAGUGCAAUUUACCAAACCAAUCGCUUAAACUGACAGCUGCUCGCAGGCUUAGGAAUUUAUCCUUCGAAAUUCUGCUGAAAGCGAGGAAACAAGAUGAAGGUGACCAGGGAGAUGAUUUUGAACGAGAGUUGGACAUACAAAUAUUUUCAGCUAAACUUAAUAGUCGAUGCAAUCAUAACAACAAAAGCUUUUCAGCUUUUGAGGAGCACUUGGAGUUUAUUAAAAAUGAGCCAUACUUUACAGAGGGUGCUGGCAAAAGUAUUCUCCAAUUUUUGUUAGCUCUUCAAGAGAAGUCUCAUGGGGACGAUGAUGUGCCUAUUCCGCGCAGUCCAGAUUUAUUGGUGCCUGGCCCUUUUACCCUGUAUGCUGACUAUAAAAAUAAUAAAAGCUAUCCCGUACUAAAUGAAUGGACUGACAUAAUGAACCCAAUGCCGAAAUAUUUCAAAGGCAUAAAACCGUUGGAAUCCCCUGACAAUCCAUACUUGCCAAAAUUUAUAUUCGAAGGUGAGAAAGAUCAACUUUUGGCAGUAGAUAAUAAAUUUACGGUCGCCUGUUCCUCAAAUGAGUACGACUCGGAAUGUUCCUUUACUGGAAUGACUAAUCGCUUGUUGGGAACUUCUAUGCGUAUAAAUAUGAAUUCGCUUCAACUAUUCCCAAAAAGUUUCAAAAAACCGCAAAUAAAAACAGUCAGACCAGUUUCAAGCACACACGUUAAUGAUUCGGAUAGCGAGAAAAAUGGUAUUUCCAAGAAAAUAUUUUCUUGGAAUUGGGAAGGAUUGGCUUGUUUCGGCAUAUCAUGUACAAAUCCAUUUGCUGGAGAUACAAAUGCGUCAUUGCUUUUGAAGAGUCAUCUAAGCCAGAAAGGGAAUGUUAAAUUUGAAGCGAAAAUUGUGGCUGAAAAAGAUUUCAUAACAGAUUUGAAGUCUCUCACAGUUGGUAUUCAAUCAAAUUCAUUCAAACAUGAUGAGUUUAUUGUGUUCCACAUGGAGAAGAAUGUAUGCAUAGCUGGGGUGUUGCCUGAAACAAUUAAAUAUGCCGUUGCAGAAUUCAUUGAAUGUGGGACGUGUUACAAACGCUUGCAGACAAUGAUUUUGAAGAAGGACUAUAAGCUAAUGUUUGAUGGAUUUAUGUUUAAGGCUUUGUGUAGUGCCAUCGACGAGUACCUGUUAACAUUCCGUCAAUACGUAUUCGGCAAAAAUGAUGAUCAUAUAUUGGGAUUUUAUAAGCGUAUCAAAAAGAUGAUUAAGCAAUUGACGAGUCUAUCCUACACCCUAGCCGUUCAUCCCAACGUUGACGAUAAUUUUAAGCCACCUAUGGGAUCUCAAUUUCUGGGCUAUCUGUAUAAAGAAAUAAUGCGUACCACAGAGAAUGAUUUUCUGGCUAUACUAAUUUUUAUAAUGAAGAGGUGUUGCCACGUGUAUUUCAAGCACUUACAAAAGUGGAUAUACUAUGGGUUGCUGGAUGAUCCUUGUAAUGAGCUUUUCGUAGGCUUUGUAGACCACUACAGAGAAAAUACGAAAUACUUUUACGAUAAAGCUUAUUUCGUGCGAAGGGAAGUUGUACCUGGUUUCUUCCAAAAUUUUGAAGAAGAAAUCCUGCAAUGCGGAAAAUACACCAUGCUGCUGAAGGCCUAUAAUCCAAAUCACCCAAUUUUCGACCUGGAAUACCCCUCUAUAUCCGUAUGUCUUUGUGUUGCCGAACUCGAAAAGUUAGAAUUAUCCUGCAAGGAGUAUUUCGAAAAUGCCAAAAAGCUUUGUCUAAAUCCAAUAACUAUACAAAUGAUCUUUGAAUCCAGAUCAGAAGAAAAGCGUCAGUUGUUUCAGCGCAUGAGCGAAAGAUCGCGCGCCAAUCUUGAGCGAUGGACAGAUGAACAGAAUGAGAUUGCACUUUUGGCGGCUGAAAGGAAGAAGCAACGUCUAGAGGAAUUAUCAGCUCAACUGCACGAUGCCAAACAGCGUAAGAUGCUAGAGAGAAAGGUUAGUGUAGAAAAUGAGUUAAAGUAUCUGAGAGAAGCAGAGAAACUUGAGGAACAACGCACUGCCAUAGAGAAUAUAAAUUUACGCAAACGGAUUGAAUACUACCAAGAAUUGCAUGAUAUUAUCAAAGACAAAGAACACAGGAACAACUUAACUUUAUUGAUACCAGCUGCAGCAACAGCCCAACCAUCUCCUCGAACACCAGCGAGUGCUGGCACAGACUUUGAGUCGUGCUGUGGGGAAGAUGAAGAACAAAGUUCGGAUUAUGAGGAAUGUGUCUCUGAAGAAUGUGCUGAAAAGCUAAGUGAAAUAAAAGACAUUUCUGAACAAAGUGAAAAGCAGGAAUGCAACAAGGAAUCAAUCUUGGAGAACGAAAUCCACCAAGAACUAGUCCAUGCUGUAGAUCUUAUAAAUUGCAAUAGCGAAAAUAUUGCCGUAGACAACGGUAAUAUUUUACAGCAGAAUCGUCAAAAAAUUAUGUCAGGCCACAAUAUGGAACAUUGCACAACAGCCUCAACGGAAAUUGCUCUAAAAAAAUCCUCAACUGUUGCUUCGUCCUUUGCUCUGGAGAGUACUCUCAAGAUAAAUACAGCAGGAACAGCAGAUAACAAGGAAAUGCCGCUGACAGAGGCACAGAAAAACAAAUUUAAAGUUUUAAGUGAUGAAUUUCAAAUCCAAAUAUCAAAUCAAACGCAUCGCACCAAAUCAAUGCCUGAUGUUAAUCUUAAUGAUGUGCAGGAUGAAGAAUUGAGUGAAUUACAGAGAAAUCGCCGACGUAUGAUGCAAAAUGAUUUGUUUAGUGAAUACAAUAAAGACCCGGAGCCCAGGUCAGUCAAUCUGUAUUUGCCCUUGGACACUGAUCGAGCAAGAAAUCGUAAAAAAGUAUUAGAAAGUGAAUAUAAUAUUCUAACUGGAAUGGCAAAUAUGGCAACGGUUGAUACGCCAAUGUCUACCGCAUCUGAUGAUAUUCCUUUAACGGAAACCUUGAGCGAAAUCGAGGCUGACAAAGACAAUGGAAAUAUUUCUAAAAAUAAUGACUCUGGCACGCCAGGUUCCACAGUUGAUGUCGGCAUUGACACUUUAAAACUAAAUGUAACGAUGCGCCCAGACAAUACCAAAGAGUCAGCCCUAACCACUCCUUAUACAUGUUUGCCUUCGACGCCUGAGAGUGCACUAAACACGGCAGGCAUUAGGGCUAAGCAGGGCUUCACUUUUCCAAGUGCUGAUUGCCAGAAAACAUGUAUCGAAGUUGCUUUUAAUAAUGAUUCACUGCAGAGAGAAGAUGCCUGCCCGCAACCAGAUUACAAUCAGCCGUACAAACGUUGUGAGCAACUGAUUGCGACGAAUUUUAGAUGUAACACAACGAGUCCUUACAUACGCCUCAAUAGCAGCAACAAUCAUUCGAAUAGUACACAUAAGUCCCCCACACUUACAGAGUUUUUAACUGAGUUUCUGCAAAAGUCCGUUGUCACACCAAUGGGCACCCAUUUGGAAUUGGUCAAUAAUGAGGUUAUGCGUAUGUUUCUGGUCGAUUUGAAAGUUUUAGAUCACUUUCGAAGCUUGCGUAAUUACUUCUUUAUGAUGGAUGGCGAAUUCGGCUCCAUUAUAUGUGAUGGCAUCAUUGGGAAAUUGGAGGAUGGGGCCAAACCACAGAAAUUGCUAAACUACCAAAUAUUGCAUUCCAUUUUAGACACAGCAUUAGGAUCGAGUAUUACAGGAAAGAAUAAGAAUGCUGAAAAUCUCUCAUUCAUUGUAAAUGACGUGCCUGAAAAAUUCGAACUAAGUUCACCCGAUGUAUUAAAUAAUCUCAGCCUUAGCUAUUGCAUCAACUGGCCUUUGAAUCUCAUUCUUAAUCCGGAGACUUUGGAACAAUAUGCGAAUAUUUUUAAAUAUCUAGUGCGCGUACGUCGCAUAAGUUGGAUCCUAGAAAAAGCCUAUCAAAUACUGAAGGAGAGCGUCAAGAAAAAUGGCAAAGACCUACUUAAAUCGCCGCAGUAUCGGCAUGUUCAACUAAUACGCCAUAAAUUCUAUCAUUUCGUGCAUGCCUUACAAAACCACAUCACAGGCAAUGCUUUGCAGGCCUCGUGGAAAACUUUCAAAGACGAGCUGCUGAGCGCCAAAACAAUCGAAGAUUUAUAUCGCAAACAUACCACCUACAUAAAGCGAAUUUUGUUUCUAUGCAUGUUGAAUAAAAGAAGUGCCGAAUUCUACAACACCAUAGAAAAUGUUUUCAAAAUAGCCAUACGAUUUUAUAAUAAUUUGAAGUCGCGCGAGUUCAAAAUAAAGCCCGGCGAAACUUAUCAUACACAUUCCCGGUAUGAAAAGUUGGUCAAUGAUGAAGUGGAGUUUAAUAAAUUCAUCAAGUACACAAUAUAUUUGGGCACCAAAAUUGUUCGCCAUGGCUAUCAGGCUGAAAUUGGUGAAUUCAUUAAUUUGAUUAACUAUAACCAAUACUACAUGAAAUCAAGUCUCUACAACUAGCUAAACAAAAAAAAAAGUUAUUGAAAAGUAUGUAUUGUUGUUUAUGGUUAGAUAAUCGGGGACAUUUUGGAAAAAUAAAUUGUUGUGUCAUUUCUAAAACAUACCAGAUUUGUCUCCCAUUUCUUAUAGCAUAUCUCAAAGUUAACCACAUCCCCCGAUACCAACGAAACAUGUUAUGUGAAAAGCUGAUGUUGAAAUAAAAAUGAUGGAAUAAAUUUGUUCGAUCGGAAGGUAUCGUACAUACAUACAUACCUGGCCUACAUUUCGAUUAGAGCAUGCAAAAGUGACAGCACAUACAUAUGCCUGUUGUCUAAUAGCACCUCAAACAAAUGCACAAAAAGUUGUUAUAAAUGAAAUAAAUUAAAUUAACAGUUA